AUGCAGGAGAGGCUGCUGCUCGACGAGAGUCUGCCGGCGGCUGACCACGACGACUCUUCUUUCGCUUCUGGUUCUGGGUUGGGAAUCGAGUCGUUGUUCUCGUACACGCCGUACAGGAUCCCCUUUCCUCCUCUGUUCGCCGAGUCGAUGACGGCGCAGCCGCAGCCGCAGUCAUCCCCCUCCAAUGACGAUGACGACGACGACGAAGACGAACGAGAGAACCCCACCAUCUCAAUCCCAACGCGGUACUACUCGACCAUCCUAGGCCGACGCCUGCUUGCCCUUUCGUCGCACGGGGUCCUCACGACCGUCUUUCCCUCGAACCUCUCGUCCCCGGCAUCGGUAGCAAACACCCCGAUCGGCCUGCCAGAGUACAUCGCCUCGUGCGAGGAACCUUCGGGGAACCCGACCAUUUUGUCACUCAAAGUGUCGACGUCGACCCGCAACGCCGCCGCGGGUUCAAACGUCUCCCUCACCUUGAGUUGGUGGGACGAGUACAUCCACCUGACCGGGUCAAAACCCUGGGCACUGGCAAAUCUCCCCCGCCUGAGCCUUACGGGUUACCUGGAGGAGAUCUCUUCAGACCAAGUGAACGAAAAGGCCAUAGAGACUUGUUUUCUGCAGAAGCACAGGGACAGUAUCAUGUGGCUCCCGGGCCGGAAGUGGGCCGCGCACCAAGGCUUUUGGACUCGGCUGGUCGUCACGCAGGCGUAUUGGAUCGGCGGCUUCGGGGACAAGAAUUAUAUCGGCUGGUUUGAUCCUGACGAGUGGAGGACAGUGAGGAAGGAAGAUUGGGAGGGUGUUAGAUUGCCAGGAGAAAAGGAGUGA